AUGACCCGUCACUACACUCUCAUUAUGCUGUUCUCCGCUAUCUUAUCAAUCGGCUACUCACUGUCUCAGGACAAGAAUGUAUCUGUCGACAACGAUAUACCUGCAAACCACUGGGCUGUCCUCAUCGCCGGUUCCAACACUUAUAAGAACUACCGACAUCAAGCUGACUUAUGUCAUGCGUAUCAGAUUCUCAGAGGGAAUGGUGUACCCAAGGAGCACAUCAUCACUUUAUCGUAUAACGAUGCUGUCAAUCACCGUUAUAACCCUUUCAAGGGACAACUAUUUAACAAACCAACGGGUACCCGCCCUGGCGUUGAUGUCUAUGAAGGUUGCGAGAUAGACUAUAGUGGCGAGGCGGUCACGGUCAAAAACGUACAAGGAGUUCUAACCGGCGAUAAGUCGCUAGCAUCGGGGAAAGUUCUGGAAAGCACCGAGAACGAUUACGUCUUCAUCUUUUUUGUGGGUCACGGCGAUAGUGAGAUUAUUCUCGAAGCAUCAUUGAGAUUAUCUGAGUGA